AAACUCGUGGCUGGUCCAUUCAAGUGUAUUAACAGGGUGGGCGCGGUUCGGUUAUCGCAAGACUCGAAGAAGCUCGCAGUCAAAUCGUGUCGGGGGAAAUACCUUGAAGUAUGGGACAUCCAAUCACAGAAAUUGGAUGUCAAAGCGGGGAAUUUUCAUACAGUACAGGAGACAUCAUACGCGCCAAUAUUCUGGACUACCAACGAUAAAACCAUCGUAGCUGUGUUCAGCUUUACUAUGGAUGACUCCGAGUCCGUGGCAAAGAUGAUCUAUGAGUUCGACGCAUCUACGCUGGAGACUGUUGGAGUCCCCUUUGAAGGACACACAAAAAUCAUCUACGGUCUAGCACUUUCCUUCGAUUGUGCUCUCCUUGCUAGUGCUUCCUAUGACGAUACUAUCAGACUCUGGGCCUUCGAGUCUCGCCAGCUCCUCGCCUCAUUCGACGUUCAAUCUCCCUACUCCAUCAUCCUCUCACCCGACUCGCGCCAACUAGCUUACACAGCACUAAACAACACCAAUAUCUACUUGUGCAACACUCCUCCUGACAUCCGCACUAGCAUUCAGCUUCCACCCCAAGUACAUAAAACCAGUGCUCCUACAAAUCAACUGUUCACUGAUCUAGCACUUAACUCUGAGGCAACAGCUCAACCUGUUGCGGUGUAUCAUAACCCACAGAUAGACCCACUAUCACCACAGUGUGAACCUUCUCCUACAAUAGGACCGCAGCAUUUACCCCCCAACCCCUGCGAGCUCCUUCCCUCGACUUCCAACACCGUCGUAGUCCUUCCCAUUCGUAAUGAUGACCCUAGUGAUCUCGCUGAAACAAUAUUCCAAGACCUCUCAAUAUAUAUCACAAAGGACGGAGAGUAUCCUGUCGCUCGUGGCGGGUUCGGGGAAGUCUGGAAAUGUACUUAUCACAUUGAUCGCGGAUCGGUCAAGGUCGCGGUGAAAGCAUUGCAAGUUUAUGCUGCCGAUCAACUUGGUGCAGCGAAGACGAAAAAGAUCAAAAGAAUAAAGCGUGAACUCAGGAUAUGCGCCAGUCUCAAGCAUCCAAAUAUUUUACCCGUUUAUGGUUAUACGUAUGGCUUCGGCCCAUUCCUAGCGAUAGUCAGUCCUUGGGCGGAGAAUGGUAACCUGUCGGAGUAUCUGGGGCUUGGGGGCGCGGCUCUUACUCUCGUUGGAAGAUUCCAGAUCCUCAGGGAUAUCAUAGCUGGUCUGCGAUAUCUCCAUGCCAACAGAGUAAUUCAUGGUGACUUAAAUGGGCCUAAUGUGCUCGUCAAUGGUGAUGGCACUGCCUGUGUUGCUGACUUCGGUCUUUCCUUGAUGUAUUCGGAGGUCAUAAGCGCCUCUCGGGCUUCCUGGACUUCCACCCUCAAGGGCAAUGUACGAUGGAUGGCUCCUGAGCUACUUGGAGCAGAUAUGGAGGAUGGAUCUCCAGGACGGCCGAGCGAGCAGAGCGACAUCUUUUCAUUCGGCGGUAUUAUGUUGCAGGUCCUCACCAAUAAGACACCCUAUUAUUACCUUCGGAAUGAUGCUGCCAUCAUCUGGGCUAUGCAGAGGUUGGAAAAGCCUUCCCGGUCUCGUUAUCUUGUGCUCCCUGAAAAAUACUGGGAGUUUAUCGAACGAUGCUGGUCUAUUGAUCCUCGGAACCGUCCAUCGACAAAGAGAGCUGAUGCAGUGAUCAGGAAUGAAUUCGAUUUGCUUUCCAACUCUGGUUAAUUCUAGAAUACCUUGCAUAUAACAUUCUUGUGGACAGUACAACCAGAUAGACAGCAUGAGACAUGAUAUGCCAUUACAUGUAGACUCCCCUGACUAUACACACAGUGAAAGACUUACCUUUA